AUGUCUAAUUCAAGUAUAGUCCCUACAUAUAAUGGGUAUAUUCAUAACACAAGAGAUGCAUUAGCAGUGAUUCAACAAGUUCUUGAUAAACAAUUGGAACCUGUUUCCAGAAGACCCCAUGAACGUGAACGAGGCGUGCUUAUAGUUUCUGGAAGUGUAUUUGUGUUUAUUGAACAACUGUCGGGAAUCAAAAGAUGGACAGAUGGUAUUUCAUGGUCCCCAUCAAGAAUCCAAGGUCGAUUUUUAGUAUAUGGCGAAUUGGAUAAAAAGAAUCUAAUUGAUAAAGACAAGAAGAAGAAAAAGAAGCGUAAAUUUGGUCCCGACGACGAGUACGACCACAAUGUCAAUGAACCAGAUUAUACUGGUGGGUAUGGUAACCACCUUCAUAAUGACAACAGAAGUCACCUUAAUAAGAAUUCUCGAUCAGGUCCAAUGUUGCUUGCGACUGGUACAGGUAGUAUCACUCACACUGUAAUAGAAAAUAAACCAUCGUCAUCGGCAUCAAUGAUUCAUUCAAAUGUUAUUCCAGCAUCGAGUUCAUUUUUAACCGACUACAGAACGAGUCUAGGUAAUGGUCCUAUGGUUUCAGCUGCUAUACUGCAAAACGGAUUAGUUAAAAAGACUAUAACUUUGACAACUACAACAAAGGAAUUACACAUGGAAGGGAAAGCUGAAAAGCAAACAAUCCAUCUUAUAAGUUAUUAUAGUAAACAAGAUAUUGAUUCAGGGAAAUUGCAACGUCCUUCUGAAUCUGAUUUAAAACACGUUCAAAUUUCUCCAGCGUUAUGGACAAUGGUACAAGAAAAUUCAUUAGGAGGCAAAGCUCCCAUUGACGAUGAAGAGUGUUUUAUAGUAGAUGGCCACAAUCAGUACACAAAUGUUUCCUAUAUUCAACAACAACAACAACAACACCAACUUCAACACCAACCACUUCUUCAUCAUUCUUCUUCAGUUGCAGGAAGUACAACCAGUAUUGUUAACAAUAGUUUAUCAAUAUCCAAUGGAGGUUAUGGCAAUAAUUAUUCCAAAAAUUUAUCCCGUUCUUACAACAAGUAUUCUAACUCCCAAGUUUCUCAACUACUGUAUAUGUUGCCACCUCAAACAGAAUCAUCAUCAACAGCAACAAUUGCAUCUGGGGCGUCAGUGAGUGUGAAACGCGAAGAUGACACGAACAACGGUAGCAAUGCCCCCACUGGCAAUGAAAAUCAAUAUGUAAAUGCAAUUAAUCACCUGCAUACUUCAUCAUAUGGUGGUCAAGGAUAUGCUACAGAUGCUACAGGUAUAGCAACACCAGCAUACAAUAGUUAUUCACAAGCAAAUACAAGCAUCAAUACAUCUCUGCAACAACAACAACAACUACAACAAGGCCAAUAUGGCCAAUAUGUUCAAUAUGGCGUUGCUCCAAGUACCAUUUCCGGUGCAACCUCUACUAACAAUAAUAGUGGUAAUGCUCCUAAUAUCCCACAAGAUGUAUACUAUAGUCAUUAUACAGGUUUUGUUCAACCACAUUACCCUCAAUACCAUAUUGCCACAGGUAAUGCAUCUGAUCAAUACAAUACAAAUGCCGCUAAUCAUCAGUACCAUUCAAACAAUACUACUUCCAGUGCCAACAACAACAGUAGCUCACGAACAACAGGAGUAGGAUCCAAACGUAAACCAAGUAUUGUUAGUAAUAGUACCAGUGGAAGUGUUAGUGGUGGUAAUGGCAAUGGAAAUAACUAUGGCUACAAUUCAAAUAGUUCUACAUCAACCAAUCGACCACCAGCAGUCAGUACCAACACCACAAGCACUACAAGUGGAGGCUCUAGUUUUAGUGGACCUAGUAGCAACAUAACUACAAAUUCCAUGUCGAAUAAUCCUUGGUUUAAUAGUUCUACAAAUAUGGCAGUGAAUUCAAGUUAUAUUACAAGUUCAGGUGGUGGUAAUUCACAUGGAGGAAUUGGAAAUAACGAAUAUGAACCCAUGCCAAUGACUAAUAAUAGUGCCAGUAUUCCUGCUUAUUAUCAACAACAUGUUCCUUCUCAUGUUGGUUCUGCUCAACAACAUCAACUGCAGCAGCAAGUGGCUGGUGUAGGAGCACCACAUAUCAUUCAUAAUCAUCCGUAUCUUCAUCCAACAUAUGGUCAAGGAUCAAAUAGUGCUAGUACUGGUGAUAAUUCAACACCUGGUGGAUCAAGUGGUAGUGGUAGUGGUGGUAGUGGCAACAAUGGUGCUGGUGGAUCUAGUAGUGUAGCUGCUACUUCGGGUGUUACUAGUUCUAAUACCAGUGGUAAUAUUGUUACUAAUGGAACAUUGGUUGCUGCUGGAACAGAUGACGCAGUUGGAAAUUCUUCUGGGUCGUAUUACACCGGUACUUAG